CUUGUUGUUCUGUAGUAAACAUCACGAAAAGUUAAAAUCGCGUAACUUUGAUUGUAUUGACCUACAAGCAUGUCUAGACGGUUUCAGUCAAUAAUUACUAGAUAUGUGAUUUAGAUGAGUAAUCUAGAGGCUAGCCGGAUUUUGGCGUCAGCUCUUAAAGAUGUUGAUGAGAUUCUGAAAGUGAAUCAAUAUGAAACAGAUGAUUAUGACGCUGAGAUCAGUAAUGACAAUCGAGAUAUAUUACCGAAAAUCUCAAUUCAGAAUACCGAAGCAAAGUCUCGUAAUGAAACUCUGAACGACAGCAGAAACGCAUUUGAUGAGGCAUAUCUUUACAGGGCUGGGAAAGACUUUUCCGUUCUAAUUAAUAGACUUCAAAUAUGCAUCAAUAAACUGAAUCAGUCAAAACCCACACCUUCAAUCCACGCAUCAGAAUAUCAAGCUCUAAAUUUUGGAAUCAUUGAGAACAGUUCAUUUGAUAUUGCUCAUGUACGUUUCUACAACUUACCAUUAUAAUUACUAUUCGUUUAUGAAUUUUCGUUUAUUCACUCCUAAUUU